AUGGUCCAUCUUCCAGAUAUAAUACUAGUUCAAGAACCUUACAUAAAUGAGGGGAAAAUCACAGGAAUUCCAUCUUCAUGGAAUCAAUGGAUUUCCAACAACCAAAAAGCAGAUUUAAUCGCCCUUCCUUCCUGCCGAAGCCCAGUUUUUCUUCAUUCUACGGAUAACUCCACAGCAAUUAAAAUGCAAAUGGAUAAAGGCCCACUGACAAUAAUUUCCUCCUAUUCUUCGCCACAUUCAAACAUUUCAGAAACUUUACAAGACCUUGAUGUUCUUCUCAAGAGCAUCGGAACGGAAAUGGCUCUCAUAGGGGAAGACCUUAAUGCUCACAGUAAAAUCUGGGGAUACAGAGAUGAAAAUGCCAGAGGAUUUUUAGUGGAAGAUCUCAUCGCAGCAAAUCAUUUGUUUCUCCUAAACAACAGAAAUUCUCCCCCUACUUUUGAAACUAACAAUGGAAAAGGCUGGCCAGACCUUUCAAUCGUCAAAGAAGCAUACCUUGCCUCAAUCUGUAAUUGGGAAGUCCUCGAGGAUUACUCUCUAAGUGACCAAAAAUACAUCAAAAUUCAUAUCUCCUCUCAACGCAAAGGCUCGAGCUACUACCGUUUUAAAACAGCAUAUGGCGGCCACAGUAAAAUGAUUCAGCAACUCAGCACAAAAAUCCAAGAGCUUCUCAACUCAAUAGCGUCCUUUCAGAAUCAUGAAGUUCUCUCGGCAGCCUCACAUUUAAUUUACAACUUGAAAUCUUCAAGGCAUGCAAAACAACCUACAAGGUAA